AUGGAUUUCAACAGUGAUGAUUUCAUGGACAAAUUGCAUGAAGCCUUAAGGAACGUUGACAUGAGAGAUGAACGAUGGAGGUCUAGAAGGGGUGAACCACGUCCAAACGUGGAUGAGUUCAAAAUCACUGAACUACCUGAAUUUAAUGGUAGUGCAGACCCGGAGGUUUAUCUAGAAUGGGAACGCAAGAUUGAUAGAAUGUUUGACUUCAAGGAUCUUGAUGAUGAGAAACGUUGCAAAUAUGCUAUCCUGAAACUUAGCAAAAGUGCAUCGUUGUGGUAUGAGGGAUUGAAGGCUAGAAGGACACGAGAUGGAAAGGAGAAAAUCCACUCUUGGGAGUCCUUGAAGAAGAAGUUGCGCAAGAGAUAUGUACCAUCAAAUCACCGACUGAAUUUGUAUAAAAAGAUUGCAGAUUUGGUGCAAGGCAAAAUGAGUGUUACUGAAUACAUUGAUGAGUUUGAGAACCUAUGCCUAAUGGGUGAAGUGGAGGAAAAUGAAGAGCAAAAAAUGAGCCGUUUCCUUCGUGGGCUGAAUAAGAACAUAGCUUUUGCUGUUGAGCUAUGUAACUACACAGAUUUCACCACUUUGUGCACCUUGUGUUUGAAGAUUGAAAAUCAAAACAAGAGUAGAUAUAAUGCUGGGAGUUCUAGUGGUUGGUCCAAGGGAGGUGUGUCGGGUAGUGCAAAUCCAGCCCCUAGCACUAAACCAAUGGAGAAUCAACCGAAACAAAGUGAGGCCGCUCCUAAACAACCCAUUGCCACGGCCAAGGAGACUAAUCUGUCAAAGGUUAGGUGUUUCAAGUGUCAAGGCUUUGGACACUUUGCUAGGGCUUGUCCUAAUCAACGAGUUGUGACCCUCCGAGAAGCAAUUAGCAUGCGUGAUGAGUUGAUGAAGGAAGAAGAAGAAUCUGGUGGCAAUAUUGAAGGUGAUGGAGUUGAAAUUGUUGAAGAUGAUGAUGAUGAGGUAGAAGUAUAUGGACCUCCCAUGUAUGAUACCUUGAUGCUAAGAACUUUGCAAGUCAAGGUUGUACCCGUGGAAGGAGAUCAAAGAAAUCAAAUCUUCUACACUAAGGGUCAAGUGAAAGAUAAGUGGUGUAGUAUCAUUGUGGAUGGAGGUAGUUGUACCAAUGCGGCUUCAACUGAAAUGGUGUCUAAAUUAGGAUUGCUCACAACAAAACAUCCUAAGCCUUAUGCGCUACAUUGGUUGGACAAUGGAAGUAGCAUAAAUGUUACAAGGCAGACGCGUGUGGGAUUAACCAUGGGAUCUUAUGUUGAUGAAAUCUUGUGUGAUGUGGUACCUAUGGAUGCAAGUCACAUACUCUUGGGACGCCCUUGGCAAUUUGAUAGGGAUGUGACGCAUAGAGGAAGGUCCAAUGAGCAUGAAUUGAACUUCAAUGGCAAGAGGAUUGUGUUGAAACCAAUGGCAUCAAAUGAAGUCCGUUCCAUGAUUACAAAAAGAGGUAAAAAGCCUAGUCUCACUAUGUUUGCUACUGAAAAUGAAGUGAAGGAUGCUAUUGAUAAUGGUGAAUUAGUCUACGUGUUGGUUGCAAAGAAUGCUAGACAAGACGAUGUAGAGACUCCUUUUAAACAACAAUUGGAGGCUGUUUUGGGUGAGUAUGAAGAUGUGUUUCCAAGUGAACUACCAAAGGGUUUGCCACCUAUCCGUGGGAUUGAGCAUCAAAUUGAUCUAAUUCCGGGAGUUCCAUUACCAAACAAGGCUGCAUAUAGGUGUAAUCCGGAGGAGACAAAGGAGUUGCAACGGCAAAUUGAAGAAUUGAUAAGCAUGGGUUAUGUGCGUGAAUCAAUGAGUCCAUGUGCUGUUCCGACAUUGUUGGUUCCUAAGAAGGAUGGUUCAUGGAGGAUGUGUAUUGAUAGUAGGGCAGUGAACAACAUAACCAUCAAAUAUCGUUUUCCCAUUCCAAGACUAGAUGAUAUGCUUGAUGAGUUACAUGGAUCGGUUAUCUUCUCAAAAAUUGAUCUAAGGAGUGGAUAUCACCAAAUCAGAAUACGUGAAGGUGAUGAAUGGAAGACGGCAUUCAAGACUAAGCAUGGUCUAUAUGAAUGGCUAGUUAUGCCAUUUGGGCUCACAAAUGCACCUAGCACCUUUAUGAGGCUCAUGAACGAAGUACUCAAGCCUUUUUUGGGUAAGUUUGUUGUUGUUUAUCUUGAUGACAUAUUGGUGUAUAGCAAAUCUAUAGAGGAGCAUUUCACUCAUUUGAAACAAAUAUUUGAGACCCUAAGAGCACAAAAACUCUAUGGGAAGAGGGAAAAGUGUGAUUUCUUGGUUGAAAGUGUGGUGUUUCUUGGAUAUGUGGUGUCUAAAGAUGGAGUAUCCGUUGAUCAAACAAAAGUGGAUGCUAUCAAGACUUGGCCGAGCCCUACAACAGUUUCGGAGGUGAGAUCUUUCCUUGGUCUUGCAUCAUUUUAUCGACGCUUUAUCCAGAAUUUUAGCACUAUAGCAAGUCCUAUGACCGAAUGUUUGAAGAAGGGUGCGUUUGGGUGGAAUGAACAAGCACAAAAGGCUUUUGAAUUGAUUAAGUUAAAGCUUUGUGAAGCUCCUGUUUUAGCUUUACCCGAUUUUACUCAACCAUUUGAAGUUGAAUGUGAUGCUAGUGGAGUUGGCAUUGGGGCUGUUUUGAUACAAAACAAAAGGCCUAUAGCUUAUUUCUCGGAGAAAUUGGGAGGAGCCAGAUUGAACUAUUGCACCUAUGACAAAGAGUUCUAUGCCAUUGUGAGAGCUCUUGAUCAUUGGAAUCAUUAUUUGCGUUCUAAUCACUUUAUAUUGCAUUCAGAUCAUGAGUCAUUGAAGUAUAUCAAUGGGCAGCAGAAGUUGAGUCCAAGGCAUGCUAAAUGGGUUGAAUUUCUUCAAUCUUUUAAUUUCUCUUCAAAAUACAAGGAUGGUAAGAGUAAUGUGGUGGCUGAUGCACUUUCAAGGAGGUAUGCUUUAAUUUCAAUUCUUGAAACUCGUUUACUUGGUUUUGAGACUUUGAAAGAUUAUUAUAAAGAAGAUGUGGAUUUUGGUGAAAUAUACUCUAAUUGUGAGAAUGGAGCAUUUGGAAAGUAUAUCGUGCAAGAUGGAUUUUUAUUCAAGGAGAAUCGGCUUUGCAUCCCAAGGCAUUCAAUUCGUGAGUUACUAGUUCGUGAAGCUCAUGGUGGAGGUUUGUGA